AUGGCUAAACCAAAAUGCGCGGAUGUAGCUAAUGCGUGUAUCUCAGAGGCCUAUUUGCAUGCGUGUGAUAACGAUUGUCCGUCGCCAUGCCCGCUUUUCGAUUGUAGAAGCAGUUUAUGGAUCUGUUACACUUGCAAUUCAAAACUGUGUAAAGGCCAGAUGCCACCUGAGUGUUCAAUAAAUAAUUUACAAUUGGACGACAUUCCACCUGAACUCUCCUGCUUGAACACUAUUGAACAGCAUAUAGUUGCACUUAAUAUUAAUUUUAUGCAAAUUUUAGCUUUACCAAAGGGUUUUCAAAGAGGCAUUCAUGGCCCUGUCGUUUGUGUGCCGUCAAGAGUUUCUGACUCAGUUCGGUUGUUGCCGCGUACUAAUAUGGACGGUUGUUUGUUGCCUGUUAAACUUAAGCGUAAACUUACGUAUAAGGGACAUUAUGAGUAUCAGUAUGUAGACACAGCGCGUGUACGGAGGGCAAUUGCGUUUCUUAAACAAAACAACCAAUAUUAUUUUGACACUGAUUUUAAUGAAGAGUGGGUAAAUGAGUUUGCCAGGGAAGAAGAGGAAACUGUAGAUACAGGUGCAGAAGUUAAUGUAGAAACAGAAAAGCAGGAAGAAGAUUUAGAUGAUGAGCUUCUCCAUGAUAGACAGCGUCACUGUAUGUACCAGGAUACUUGUUUCAUGCCGGUCGAUAUCGCUCAGGAAGCGCUGGAUCAUUAUUUUGAGGGUGUUUUAAAUUUGGCUCCAGCUGAGGGGAAUAGUCCGGUUAGUUUAUUAACUGAUAAAGAAAAUGAGGCUAAAUGUUUUCCCAGGGAGUUUCCAUAUGGUCGUAAUACAUUUCAUAGUCCUCGGCCUAUUCGUUUGACCAUGUGCAGGUAUUUUAUUAACCGGCUUUUGCAUGUGGAUAGUAGAUUUUCGCAAAAUUUUAAGUUUCUUUUCUUGGCUUUGUACAUGUUAGAAGUUCAGCAGGUAGUUUCAAAAGUGUCGAUAGCUUUGCGAAAGGGACAUUCUGGUCCCAGUAAUGCUGCUGCAGGUGAAGCAACUUUAGAAAAUUUGUUACAGUAUGAUAAUGGCUAUCGUUUUAUGCAGCCUAUUAGAGGCACACCGCCCUUUUGGCAGUCGGCACAAAAGGAUUUGUUUGCGUGCAUUCGGCAGCUUGGUAUUCCGACAUGGUUUUGUUCGUUUAGUUCCGCUGAUCUCCGCUGGUCAAGCCUUCUUAAAACGCUCUUAAAGCAGGAAGGUAGUACUCGGAGUGUUAAAGAUUUAGAUUGGGCAGAGAGAUGUGAUCUUUUGCGUCGUCACCCUGUAACUGCGGCUCGGAUGUUUGAUGCUCGUUGGCAUCGUUUUUUGCGUAAAGUUAUUCUGUCCCCAGCUCAGCCCAUCGGUAAAGUGAUAGAUUAUUUUUAUCGCGUAGAAUUCCAGCAGCGCGGGUCUCCCCACGUCCAUUGUUUAUUUUGGAUAGAAAAUGCCCCAAAGCUCGGUGUAAAUAAAGAUGAAGAGGUAGUUCAGUUUGUUGAUAAAUAUGUUACCUGUGAAAUACCCUCAGAUCUGGAUUUAUUGGAAAAAGUUGCUUCGGUGCAGCAGCAUUCUAAGCGUCACUCAAAAACAUGUAGAAAAAAGAACAAAGUGUGUCGUUUUAACUUCCCGCGUCCGGUAUCAGCGCGUACGUUUAUUAAACAUAAGGACCCAGAAUCUGAACCUAUUGUUAAGAAGGAGGAGGCACAGUUAAUUGUGAGCGCGCUGAAGAAUGCUGUUCUUGAUGAAAAUAACCUGUGUGUUAGUCUUGAAGAGUUGUUUGCGUCACUGGGGUUAACACAGUCCACAUUCGAACAGGUGUACAGCGUUUUAGAUGGACACACACACAUAGUUUUAAAAAGGGAGGUUAGAGAAGCAUUUAUAAAUAACUACAACGAGAAAUUAUUAACUUGCUGGAAUGCCAACAUGGACAUUCAGUUCGUUGUAGAUGCGUGGGCGUGCGUCGUAUAUAUUAUUUCGUAUAUUUCUAAAGCUGAGAGAGAGAUGGGUUUACUUUUAAGUAAUGCACAAAAAGAAGCUUCCAAAGGUAAUGUUAGUGCGAAAGAGGCAUUUAAAAAGUUAGGCAGCGUUUAUCUUCAUAAUCGUGAUGUCUCUGCGCAGGAAGCUGUCUAUCGCGUAACAAACAUGCACUUAAAGGAGUUUUCGCGUAAAGUUACUUUUGUCCCGACCGGCGAUAAUAUAGUGCGUAUGAGUAGACCAAUUGGCGAAAUAGAUGAUGAAAUGGGGGAUGAUAUUUGGAUGACAAAUAUUAUUGAUCGUUAUUUGAGUAGACCAAAUGACAGCACAUUUAAUGACAUGUGCAUUGCGACAUUCGUAUCCGAAUAUCGCUUACUUGGUCCGUCUGAUAAAUGUAAAAACCCAAUUCUUUUACAAAACAGAUUAGGCGCAAUUACUAAACGAACACGGACCAAGCCUGCUGUUGUUAGAUAUGCGCGAUUUUCUGAGACUAACAACACAGAGUUAUUUCAUCAAAGUAUUCUUCAGUUAUUCUUUCCGUAUCGCGUUGAGGCUGACCUUAAGCCGCCUCCAUUUGAAACGUUUGAACACUUCUAUAAAACUGGUGAUGUGCGUUUGAGCGACGGGUCGAUUCAUUUAGUAAAGUCGAUAGUUGAUUCCAAUAGGCGUCGAUUUGAACUUGCAGCUGAGGAUCUGGAUGAAGUGUAUGAGCAGAUGGAGUGUGGAGAGAUUCAGGAGGAUGCGUGGGGCUUGCUCUGCCCAGAACAGGAAGUUGAGAGGUUGGAGUCGAGGGAGGAGUUCAGAGAGAUGUUGCAGGGUGUUGGUUCUGAGCAGGAGCAAGAGGCUAUUCCAGACUUAGCUGUAAGAAACGAACAAGUUUGUCAUAUAGAGAAGAGAAAUGUCAUGAGUCGUCAAGAGGGUCUUUCACUUGUGAAAACUCUGAAUGAGCAACAGUUGUCCAUUUUUUACAAAAUACGGCAAUGGUGCUUAGAUAAAGUAGCCGGUAGCAACCCAGAGCCAUUGCAUGUGUUUAUCACGGGUGGGGCAGGCACUGGGAAAAGUCACUUGAUCAGGGCAAUUCAGUACGAGGCAUCGCGAUUGUUUGCUCCUAUUUGCCAUAGUCCGGAUAGUGUUAGCGUUUUACUUACGGCUCCGACAGGGAUAGCAGCGUAUAACUUACAGGCGGCAACUAUCCACACCACGUUUAGUAUCGGUACUAAUGUUUCCCUCCCCUACACUCCGCUAGGAGAGGAAAAGAUUAAUACCUUGCGCGUUAGAUACAUGGAUUUACAAAUUGUAAUCAUUGAUGAAAUAUCCAUGGUCGAUAAAAAGUUAUUUACUUAUAUUCAUGGUCGAUUGCGUCAAAUUAAACAGACAAGUGACUUUUCUCCAUUUGGAAAUGUUUCUAUUAUAGCAGUUGGGGAUUUCUUUCAAUUAUCGCCGGUCAUGGGUCACGCUCUGUACAAAGAAGAUGUAGGCGUUAAUCUAUUUACAGAUUUAUUCAAAAUUGCGGAGUUAAAAACUGUAGUUAGACAAAAUGAUAACACUUUUGCAGAGCUAUUGAAUCGACUUAGAGUGCGCUCAAGAGAGACACCACUGCUUGAUAAUGAUAUAGAUAUAUUAAAACGAUGUGAAACAGGCGAGGAUCCAGACGUAUUGCAUAUUUUUACAAAGAAUAGCUUUGUUACAAAUUAUAAUUUAAAGAUACUGAAUAAAGUAUGUCCAGAAAUCAUUACAAUUAGUGCGCGUGAUUUUGGAUAUGACAAAAACGCUGGUAAGUUAACAGAAAUAAAAGGUCAUCUCCGUAAAUCCAAACUAGCCUGUUUGGAGGAGACAUUAGUUUUAGGUGUAAAUGCGCGCGUUAUGCUUUGUAAAAAUGUAGAUUUGGCUGACGGUCUAGUAAAUGGGGUAUGUGGUAUAAUUACAUAUAUAGUUGAAAAUCCAGAGAGAAAAUUGCCUCCUUUAGCAAUUUAUGUUAAAUUUGAUGAUGAUCGAGUAGGCGCGCAGAGGAGGAGGCAAACACGUACCCCUGCAGACCUGACUGGUUCUACUCGCAUAGAACCAGAAGAAGAACAAGCGAAUAAACGAGGGGAGAAGCGUCGUCAGUUUCCACUUAAACUUGCGUGGGCGUGUACAGUUCAUAAAGUACAGGGCGUAACC